AAAUGACCUAGUGUGGAACAUUUGUUUUAGGUUAAGAUGUACGAAAACAAUACAAAUUGAAAGACAGUUGUUUUUCCGGCAAAAAAUCGCCGAAAUAUAUUAAGAGAUGGAGACUAGUGUUAUAUGUGUGACUGAAAUGGAUACAGACAACUGUCAGAGAGAGGAAAUUAAGGCUGGAGGGAUACUGGAAGCAGGAUGUGUUUACUUGAUAAUGAGGGAAGGCUGUCAUGUAUCCCUAAGUUCUAGAACAGAAUGGUUACUGGAACAUCUAAACAAAACAGUUUCCAUCGAAGAAACGCAGACUGAAGAGCAAGAGCUCAUAGUCAGAUCUAUCGUGCCAUAUGAACCCCCACCAAACUGUAAUUAUGAAGCUAGUCAUUACUAUAAAUAUCUCAUCACACAACAGUCAAAAGUAGUUUUCCUGUCUCACAAGUACCGUAUAGUUUAUUGUUUAGACAUGAGUCCCUCGUUGUCUGCAGUGGAUAUUCAAAGAGGUGAAGUUAUGAUAGAUGAGAUGUUUGUUUCUUUGAAACAUAGUUUGGAAGGAUUAACAAAACCAUGUUGUAUUCCUGGCUCAUCUGUGGAAUUUAGGCCGCAGAUUUAUGUUACAGUAAUAGCUCAUACUCCAUUCUUCACCACACCAGCUCAGCAGGUGCUGGUUCAAGGCUGGGAAAUUACUGAAGAAAAUUUAGAGAUAUUUCUUAAAACUGUUCAACAGCAGCUUCUGGAGCUAGAAAACAUUGUGGCCGAAGUAGCGGGUAUUGCAUAUGAAAGAGUGGAAACAAUUAGAGCUGAAUCUGAAAAACUUGUUGGGGGACUGUUUGAGGAAACCAGUGAAAUGAUGCAGCCACCAACUGCUCACAUUCCUAUGGUUAGUCCAGAUUUGGGAUUUAUCAACAUGUUACGUUAUGCCAUAUUGGCACUGAGGCUACUUCCUGACUCCAAUUCUUCAAAUAUUGUCAUUCUUACGGAUGGAAUUAUAGCAGUACCUGAUGCACAUGUCUUUGAUUCUCUCAUGAAUCAGCUACGUACAAAUACAAUACAAUGUUCUUUUCUUCAUGUGGGAUCAUUGUUCCAUCCAGAGUGUUGUACAGGAAUGGUUCCUGAUGUGGACAUUAUGAGAUUUAUUGCAGAAGCUACACACGGUGUUUGUAUGAACAAUGUAUCUGAUUAUGAAAUAAACGCAGCUGCCUGUAUGAAUGUCUACCAUAAUGCAUUUUUGACAUGGAGCUUUUACACAACUUUUCCUUCUGUGCCAUCAAAUUACCACUCAUCUCAUGGAAAUGUGCUCAUUUGGAAUACAAGACCUUACUCUUUUCGUGGGACUGAAGAACCACAGUUACUGCGUAAAAACCAAAUGGAAGACAAUUUGAAUUUGAGCUUGUCAGCAAUUAUUUGCUGUCGCCAAAAGGAAGGAUUUUCUAUUAGGGCAAUUAACAUCUGUGAAAGUCAUUUGGAGAUACAUCUUGUUCUUCCAUGGAAAAACUAUAUUUAUCUUGAGUACGUCCUCACUACUCAGUGGCCUAUUAGUCCAGUUACGAGCACACCUAUACAUUAUCGCAUUAACAUUGAAGCACCAUAUGAAUUCCUACACGAUGUCACAUGCCUUGUUAAGAAGGAGUUUAAAUCUCCAUAUCGACAAGCUGUAGUAUCGAGAUUUUGGGCCACGUUCAAAAGUUUGGGAGUGUCUGAUCAAAUAUUAGUUCAUCUUAACACUUUCCUCAGUAAUUCUACUGCAUAUGUAGUGCCUGAGAGCAUACGCAGUGGUAUGCCUGUAUUUUAUCUUCCACCGAAUUCGUGCAGUCCUUCUCUAACUUCUAGUGAUAUGACUAGCCCACAGUUUUGGCAGUACUGGCGACAGAUUGUUUUGAUGGAUCCAAAUUCAUGGCAUAAGUGGCUGUAUACAAGAACUGUUAGUUUGAUAUUGCAACAUGACCAUCCAUUGCCAAAACACCUGCAUCUGGCAAAUACAAGUGGUCGCUUUCAGGUCAUUCAGUGUCGUCAGGCCGCUGCAGCACUUUACGCUCUUCUCAAAGAUUGGAGCACCUUUGUGCUGAUUGAGAAUCAAGCGUAUGUUAAGCUCAUCCCAGGAGAUUUAGAGAAGCCCCCUCAGUCUUUUGUUGCUCUAAAGGUAGCCUCAAAAGCUCCAUGUGUAGUGCUCCAUUUAGCUUUUCUUGAGGGUACACCAUCAAUGAUACGACAACAGAUUGUAGGUCAACUGAGAGAUCAGGUAGCCCAUCUCACAUUUCCUCAGAGGCCUUCUACUAAGGAUGUACUGCCAAGAAAAGUUUCUGUGACUCAGAAUUUACAACAGCACUCACCAGUUACUAGGACUUGGUCAGAAAUAAAGUGUUGUUCCCUACUACGUAAGCCGGUUGAAAAAAUUUUGAUCAGGUAUGAACGUGUUCCACCAGAUUUCAGCACUGUUGUUUUCCCUGAUGGAACACAACCUGCAACUUCUGGAAAGCAAUUACUCUACAACAUGGCAGGUGCUAAUGCAGGAGGACUCCUUACAACUUUAUCUAGAUACUUACAUCACCGCCGCUGGCUCUGGUCAACACAAUCUGGACCUAAUUCAUCUAUUGGGAUACCAGCUAUUGCAAGAAUUCUUUCGACUAUAACAAAAAUGAGGCUUCAGGAAGGCUUCACUUUUGCUCAUUCAUCUGCUGGGAUUAUUAAUAUGGUUCUUGAGGUUGAGAUGAAGUUGCCAAGCAUCAAGGAUAAAGAUGAAGAUGAUGAGGAUUGCAUCCAGCCAUGUGUAAUCCAGUAUGUUCUCUUCCCACCUCAUACAACGUCAAUGAGCAACAAGGAAAGCAAUUCUGAAGAGGGCACAGAAGAAAUUAUAACAGAUGCUGAUGCUGAUACAGAAGGAGAGCUGCAGAUAAUUGCAGAGUGCUGGAUAGAGCCACAGCAUGGCGUUGUUAUUAACAGCCCACCAGAAAGGUCUUACAUGAAUAAUCUUCCCUAUCACAAAUUGGCAGAUGCGAUAUGCAGUGUUGAUUAUGAGUGUAUCUCUUGCCUGCUUACAUUUGAACACCUAAGUCUGAUGUGCAAAGGUGAUCAAGUGUCAUCCCCUAUUAGAUCAUUAGCUGAUGGCCAGACUGUUAAUAAUCCUUACCAAAGGGUAAUUGACUACUUGAAGAACUGUGACAGUUCUGAAAUACAAGCAGCAACAUUUUUUGAAGAGAGAAUAAACCACAUACCAUUUCCAUUUAACCUGAUGCAUGUAUUGCCAAAAUGUCAGCAGGCUGAAUUAUUGCUGUCUACAUUUAUACAAGAUCUCAGUGGCAAUGCUUACACGGAGAAAAGGAACUCUUCAUCAUCAUCUACUCUUCCAGAAGAUGGGCCAAAUAAUUUGCUUCUUGAUGCUUUGUAUGAGCAUCUGAAAAAGCUUCACAAUAAAGAACUAAACCUGAGUGAUGAUGACUGUGCAAAGUUUCAACAACUGUUAAUAGCAAGACAGAGGGAAGGAAGCACUUAUCCAUUACCAGUUCCUUGCAGUGAUGCAGAUGAUUCUGAUGGAAUACCCAUUCCAAAGUGGAGAUGUUUUCUGAAAGGGAUAAGUGUUACACAUGUAAUGCUGACAUUUGUGCCGGCUACAUACACGGACCUGAAAAAUCUCAUGCUUUCAGGAGAUAUUUGGAUGACCAAAGACACCUUGGCGGUAAACAUCUGGAACAAUGUAGAUGAAAAUUUACAUUUGGAACUUGCCAGUAUUUCAAAUAGUGAACAAAGGGUUAAUGAGAAAGGUGCCAUAUAUUCAAGUUUGGACAGGCUUAGCUCACUUGUAGAUAUUCCGCAAAAAGUAGCUGGUGGUUCCUCAGUCACAGCAACUACUCCAGCAUCUUCAUUGUCUCGUAGGUCAUCAUGUGAUGCUUCACAAAUCCAUGGCAAUAUAGCUCAUUUAAAACUUCAGGCUAGUGGAGAGUCAUCUUGUGACUUUCUCAAUGAAACACCAUUUCGUAUACGAGCUAGUUCUCUGGAUGCAGUAACAAAGCGAACAGUACGUGACAUACCAUAUAAACUCUUCUUAAAAACAGGAUCACUUACUGAAGAUCUUGCUGUCACUGAUGAUUCGGUGCUAAGGAAUAAGCAUUCUGGUGGAGAGAACAGCAGUAGCUCAAAGAUGGGUGUUUCAUAUCAACAGAAAACAUUAUUGCAUAAGGCUGAUGAGAUACCAUUGCUAAAAAGAAAACCAUCAUCUAAUUCAACUAGUGAAAAGAAUCAGAGUAGUGCUGAGGAGCGAAAACCUGUAUAUGGUUCAGUUACAUUGCCAGUCUAUAUGUAUGACUGCUCACUCUCUGUUUUAAUGGAAGCUCUAGUGUAUAAAGAUUCUGCUAAUAAAGCAGUGAAAGAUAUUUAUGAUGAUCAGAGGCGUAAAAUAGAAGCUGAACUGACAAGUGAAUAUCUUCCAAACUGUGAAUUUGAUAUAAAGAGCAAGAAAACAGAUGAAACUGGUUACAAACACUCCAAUUCAGAAUCAAAAUCUGAAGACUCCGAUUCUACUUUAGACAGGCCUACUCUAAAACAACACUGCAAAUUAAUUAGUUUGGCAUUUUAUAGAUGCUAUGUUUACACAGUAUUUAAAUCAUUGCGGCAGAGUUAUGUUAUGCAUGGAGCCGAUAUUCAGGCUGCAGUUGCUGAAUGUGAAGAAAAUUUGAUUGAGAUUAAUAUUACAAGUUUCUUGAUGACUGCAUGUGGUCACCUAAAGGACAUUCAAACAAACAAUCAGAAAGAUGUGAACGUUGUGGAAAUAAUAUCAAACACUGACAGUGAUGAAAAGAAACAGCCAAAACCGGAUGCAUUAUGUGACACAAAUAAAGAUGAAAUAUCUGCAGAACAACUUCAGGAAGCAACUGAAACACUUAAAUUAGAAACAAGAGUAGAAAAUGUUUUAAUGCUGCCAUUGUCAAAACUACAGGAGUCCGCAAUAUGCAAAGAACUGAAACAGUUGCAUAAUAUGAUCAAACAAAAAUUUAAGAACAUUUUGAGGGUGUAUUUCAAACCUGUUCCCUCACACCAGGAGUAUUACUUUUGUGAUCCAGACUGGGAAAAGAUACAUAUGGAUAUGGGUUCAUAUGACAUUGAAAUUGAAGGAGAGAUCAGGAAAACUGAAACUGGAGAUGCUGCAGAUGUUGAGACUUUCAAUUCAGAGUUGGUGGAAUUUCAGCCACAGCACUGUGGAAUACCAGUGACUGGCUGGGAGGCUCACCCUCUUCAAACUCCAGAUGAUGCCCGAACAUCGCUUCUCUCUAACAUGGACUCUGAUAGUAUCAGUGAUAUAGAAGAUGAUGACAUAUCAGAUGAAGCACCACCAUUGUUCCUUCAUUUGACCUGCACUAUUCAUGCUAAGGGUAGCUCUGGAAGCUGCACAGUUACAACUUUGCCAACAUGCAUAAGUGAACUAAUGGAGUGCUUGGAAAAUCCAGAUGCAGACAUAAAUGUCAGUGGCCUACAGGUAACAUUGGAUGUGUUUUGCCUAACUUUGCCACCCACUGUGGAAUUUGUUACUUCAGAGAAGACAUUAACUGAAAUGAGAAGUACCUCAUUCUGCAGUUCAUCUCCAGUGCCAACAGAUGGAACUAAUUCACCUGUCAGAUCUACACACAGCAGUCUUACAUCAAAUCAUCAGUAUGUUUCGGGGUCUGCGGCUGACUUUUUGCAGCAUCUUCCUGAUUAUCAACAUAAAGCUGUUGCAACAUCUGUUGAAGAGAUUGAAUGGUUGCUGCGUGAUUGGAGAGCAACAUUCCUGCUCGAUGUAUUUCCUAUUCGAGAGGAGACUUUGGAGUUUGUUGCAAAGCAUGUGGGAAGUUCACUCGGUCGUUCAAGUUGCUUGCUUGAAAAAGUUCCUUUACAGUUUGUCUUUGGGCCAAGUCAAAGUCUUGAGAGGUUCAUUCAGGAAUUCAGCAAUUUAGCAGUUAGUGGUUAUCAUCUUAUACAACUUGGACAGUUUUAUUAUCUUGUCAAAAAUAAGACUCGGUCAUCAAGGAGAAACAGUUCUUUAAUUCCAACUGUAGGAAACAAAGUCUCGUAUCAACCACACAUGACUGAUUGUGCUGAGCUGUAUGCAGAACCUCGAGAAAGGCUUACAGAUAGAGAGUCAAGUGCAGAGAAUGGAAUACCUGAGAGUGUAACUAACACAACAAUGGAAACUUUGGCCAGUGAAGACAAUAUUUCUGCUGUAAAAAGUCUUUGGAAAAUACAAGACAUAAGUAGUAGGAGGAAAACACAGCUAGAAGACAGUGAUUCUGAUGAAGACUCAGAGUGCCAGAAACAGCGCAGAAAGGAAAAGAAAACUGCCCAAAGUAAAGGAAAAGUAGAACAGUGGGCCUGUUCAGCUGCAGCAGAACAUGAGACACUGUCACUCUCAGCUUCACCAUCCCUCCCUCUUACAGGCCAGGAUAAUGAAAACAGACCCAACUCAUCAGUAGUCAGAAGCCAGAGUUGUGAAGUUGUACAGUGUGGCGGAGAAGAAUUAAAUCAAGAUGCAGAAGCUGAAACAGUAAUUCCUCCUUUGAACUACCUACAAUGGAGUAAAAAACAACUAGCUUCUGAGUACAGAAGUGAAGUGUCAAGUCUUGUUGAGAGUGGCCAAGGAACAGAAGAUGGUUAUGAGGGAGACAGCAGUGACUCGGCUGACGAAUGUGAUUGGCUUCAAGAUAUGGAAACACGCAGGCCAUCACUUCCUAACUUCUGGUUAAUUAUGAAAGUAAAUGAAGAUGCUGUAAUUACAUACUUUCAUUGCAGAUUUAAUGAGAUGGAGAAUGAUAAAGUUAGAGCUUACAGAGAUGUUCAGCGGAAUAUGAUCAAAAAUAUUAAGGACUUAUGUAAACUUGUAAAUCAGACAAUGUUGCUACAAAAUUUACAUGACACGCGAAUGUGUGAUCAGCUUUUGGAACCAGAAACGAGUGAAGAUAUAUGGCCUUCAUCAGCAGAACUUUCUCAAUCAUCUAGUCAUCCUGUCAGUCGUUUGAAGUCUACUGAUGAUGGAACAGACAAUGAAUAUCAGUCAAAUUAUUUAGAUGCAACAACAAAAUUUAUGCCUGGAUGGUUUGCAUGUAAUGUUGUUUGGGAAACUUAUUUUUCCCUCCAUCCUCGGUUGAAGACAGGCCCAGGAAAGCCUGCUUUGUCUCGUGGCAUCCAAGCUCUGCGUUCUGUUCUGAACCGCUUUUCGGUUAAUAAUCGCAAAAAUAUGUUUGUUUAUCAGGAUCAUACAGGAAAUGUGUUUUAUUUGAGGUUACAUGAAAAUGUGCAUUUAUCUUGCAAGCUUGGUCUCACUGGACCUCCUAAAUCAGACACUGAUGAUAAUUCACCUGGGCCUGUAUCAAGAAGCUCAUCAUUGACCUCAUUAAACAUUUCAACCAGAAAGCAGCCCAGUUUCGUUUCAGAAGAUGGUCUCAGUAGUCAAGCAGAGGAACUAGCUAGGAGAAAAUCAUUUGGGGAAAGAGAUGCACCUGCUGUGCCUAAUGGUUCUGGCUCCAAUGAUGGUGUAGUAGCCUGUGCCACACCACAACCACCUGCUGUGAAGCCUGAUGAUGUUAUAUUUUUAAAAGUCCAUGGUAUUUCUGAAGCAGGUCCAGAAAUAAAAGAAGAACUCAUCCAAGUUCUUCAAAACCGUUUAGAUGAUGCAAUAUUGGAAGUUCUUUCUGUGAUGCUAGCAAGGAAUCCAAUGUGCAAACUUACGCCUGAAGAUGUGCAUUUUAUACAAAAACCCUAUAAAUAUCCAGAAUCAAUAGUGAAGUUUAGUGUACCAAAACAUGCACUGGAACAUAUUCAGGCAUUGGAGUACUAUCUACGCCAGAAUAUACUGCAGUUUUUGUACACUCCAAAGUACACAGAUCCACGCCCUGAAUACCAUUUUCAGGAUUACUCGCAGGCAGAAACAUCAGAGAAACGAGUACCUGAAACUGAUAUAUUCCUAUACAACCAGAGCCCUGCAUCUGGAAAUAAGGGAAUUGCAUGUAUUGCAAUAGCAGUGGUAGACCAUUCUGGUUUUCUCUUACAUCAUUCAAGGUACCCAAAACCAUCAAGAGAUGCAUACAGUCAAGAAGUAAAUCCUGAAGACUUUGAUUCACUGACAUGUGUGUUACCCAGCUAUGAAGAGAAUUCUGAUGAUUCAGAAGAAAUGGCAUUUAUGGAAUUCCGCAUAUGGAAACAAGGCAGAGUUAACAUUGAAUCUCUGACACUGAAAAUAAAAUCAUCUGUUCGGCAUGCUUUAUGGGAUCUACUAACAGAGUAUCGCCUGCUUACAGCACCAUUUACAGUUCCUCUGACUUCUGCUGUGAACCUGAAGACAGCAUCUACUGUUGAAAGACAAUCAUCUCUUCCUGAUGAAGAUGCUGUUGCUGAAGAAAUGUCAACCAAAAUGCCCAUGAAGGAAGAUGACACAGCUGUAGCUGGGGACCUUUUAAAUGAGUAUGAAUCUGGAGAAAGUGGUAUUCUGCAUAAGAUGUAUGCCAGUGUAAUUAAUCAGUGGCUUGAAUUUGCUGUUCAGAUUGGAGUUCCAGCUGUGAAAAGGUUCUGUGUUACCCUAACAUCAAGGCAUUCACUGUCUGUGACAGUUAAGGAGCUUAAGAAUCUUGUCGUCUUGAAUGCACAAGACACAACUGCACUAGUGUUUAACAGAGUAACAAAUGAAAAUCAGCUUGAGGUGGAGGAAGAUGUAUUUGUUCCUGUGAGUGUGUCUGAUAGUGACAUACAUGAUCAGCCAAAGACUGAUUCCAAAAGCCUUAUCGUAGGCAGAAACCUAGCACAGUGGAAGGCAUGCCUAACAGAUGAUGGAGUUUUUGACAAUGAUGUCCUAGAUCCAAAAGCCCAGAAAGGAUUUCAAAAGUUUCCACCCCUUCUUGAGUUAGUGGGAGAGAACACAUGUUUUGUGCCACGUCAGAGGUUUCUUUUUGCUGUUUUAAAUGAGUUGCAGAUGAUUGUGUACACAUAUAACUGGUCAAAAGAUAGAGUGGAAAAUUUGAAUAAACAGGUUCAUCUCUUGGGACAGUGGCUAAGUGCACGUUCAGGCCUGCUCACGUGUCUGACAGCACAAAAACUUGGACUGUUUCACAACCAGGAAGUUGCUCGAAAACGGCAUACAGGUCUUCAUCCUCAGAGCAUGAAUAUCUACAUGUCACACAUGACAGAAGUGGAGCAACUAAUAAAAUUUUCACCAACUUCAGCAUUGCUGAAAGAUUUACCUUCUCGGCGUCAGAUGUCGAGCACACAUUCCCUCAAUGCAGUAACUCGAAAUGUUUUUCGUGACAGUAAAGUCAGUCGACAACCCUUUAAAAAUUCGUCAACCUCUGAUCCAGUUUUCCAUAUCAUUCAGCAAAUGAUGGAAGCACGGAAUAUGGACAAGAGAGAAGACCAGAAGAAGCUGUAUAUAAUGUGGCAAACGCGUGGUGCUACUCCAAACAUACCACUGGAUGAGGAUAUUAUUGAUGUCUUUAAAAGUCAUUCAAGAGUAAUUCAUUAUUGUCUAACUCCAUUGCUGUUUUUACCAAGAUGGCGUAUCCAAGCAGCUGCCACACGGGACCACUUACUCAGUCUCUCAACCUCAGGGACUUCACCUGUCCUUAAUGUUGAAGACUCACCUGACCACUCACAGAAGAAUAACAGUCCUGCUAGCACAGCAAAAGAUACUGAAGAUAGUUCAAGCAUUUGCUCUGAAACAUCUUCACGUCGUUCGGUAGAAGAAAAAUGGCACAGUACUUUAUGUGCCAAUUUUGUUCUUGAAUAUAAACAAUAUCUCCAAACACUUGGAUUCAUUACAAUACAGACAAAGCCUGCUGCUGUAAAGAAAAGUCAUAAGCGAUCACAGAAAAAGAAAGAUGAUGAUGAUGGGAAGAAGAGUUUACAGAAUCUUUCCCCCACAGAACUUGUAGAGAGAGGUGUGUGGUAUCUUCAGAAGUCACUUCUUGGCGGAAUUCUUCUGUUUGAAAUCUCAUUUUGUGAGCCAUUUUUGCUUGCAAAGCUGCACGCACUAGAAUGCUCUCGCCUUCAGUCAAAGACAUCUAGUGCUCUAAUAUCUCAGUUUACACUUAGCUUCCUGGAUGAAUGUGAUAAAAUCAAGAUCCUGAUGCAUUUGCAUUCAUUCACAUAUGAUUACCAUUUGAGAAGCAUUGCUGGCUACGUAUCAGGUCGCCAAGCACUUCUUCGUCAGGGUUAUCAUUUAACCCAUUUUCUGGAAGAUUUUAUGAAGUACUACUCCAAAGCUCCCAAUUUUGCAAGAAACCUUGUAUAUGCAGAUGUACUGGAUGUGGAAGACCUGACAACACCAGCCCGUCAACUUUUCAACUACCUUUUGAGUCAUGAGAAGCAGUAUCGGAUGGAAGUUUUUCGAAUGGUUCCAGUGACUUAUGAAAUUGAUACUCCAUAUGAUAAUGAAUAUGUUCUUGUUCAACUUGAAAAUACACCUCAUAUCACAUAUAAAGAUGCUCAUGAUGUGAAACGUACAGAUGAUUUUGAUAUCACCUUGAUUGUAUCUCAUAAUUCAUUUUUAUAUGAUCAAGCUGAGAAGUCCAUUGAAGAGACAACAUUACGGCUGAAAUAUUACAUUAUUUUAACAAGCCGCAGGGAACUGUACCCGAAGCUAGAAAUUGAAAGGAAACUUGGAAAGUUCUGCACAGUUUCAACUGCUACACAUGAACAACCACAGCAGCCUUUGCCUGAUGACCAGUGCAGUGAUAAGAAUGCUUCUGACAGUGAAACUGUUCACAGCGGGCUUGAAUCAUCAACAAGUUCAGAACAUACAAAGGACAUCAGUGUCCCAACACAAACACAGAUAAGACAAGAAUCUGUGAACUACUUGGGCUACUAUUCGUCACACGAACAGUUGAUGCAGCAGCUUAUUUUGGAACAAGCAUCCACUUCAUGUAAUCGCAUAAAGAGCAUGGUAGCAAAAGGAAUGGUUGAUUGCAGAACUCAUUUGUUAUGGGAUAAACUACAGUGUUCUCCAAAAGACACCAAGGAAAUGACAAGUAAUUCGGACCUAACAUACAGUGAGUUCUGUGAAUUAUGUGAAUUGGCUGUUACUGAACCACUUAGUCAUCUCGACCCUCGUCUUGGUCCACUGUUAUGUCAGCCCAUAACAUGGUAUGAAAACUUAGCAAGAACCCUGCUGUACAAGUAUUCUGAACAUAGCCGCCAUUUUGAAGCACCAGAUGGAAGCACACAACAUAUUGUGAUCCUGCACCCACGAUAUCUUGAAGCAUUCAUGAUGCUUUCCAUUGACUUCCUAACCUCGAGAGGUAAUCUGUGCAUAGUGUAUCGGAAACCACAAGAAGGGGGACAUGCUGCAAAUCAGUUGGAAUUUUGUCAAGAUGACAUCAGGUCAUUAGUUGAAGGAUUUGUGAAUGCUUGCUGCUUCCGUCUUUGGAUUGGAUUAUUAUAGAAUGUGUUCCAGAUGAUAAAGGCAGCAUGGCAUUACACUUUUAAGAAUGUUGUUCACUGUUAAUAGUUGCUGUUUAGUUUUUUUAAUGCCAUGACAUUUUGUAUGAAAUGAUAUAUUUUGAUAUUGAAAAUGGCAUGCAACUUUAUUUUUAAUGUUGUACAUAAAAUCAUAUUUUUGCUAGCGCUAUGUUUAUAGAAAGUCAUAACUCAUUAAAAAAGCUAUUAUUGGGAAUAGCUACCAGAAAUUAUAUUUUAAAUGUGCUAGUUAUCACUAAGUUCAGUGUUUCAAGUUUUCUACCAUACACAGAUCUGCAUACAACAUUUUUGCUAUGCUGCAAAAAGCAUGAAAGGACGCAGGAAAUGGGUAUUGUUUGUUUCUGUGCUAGAGGGUACACUAAAGAAAUGAAGGCAAAUGAAUUUGUUAUGAGGUGUGUAGAAAGUCAGUGUAAGAGGGAAAGGGGGAACUGCUGUAAUAAUCCCACAGAUACUGCCAAAAACUAUGAAUUUUGUUGAUAAUAUGGUUGAAAUUUAUUUCUUUAGUAUUAUUUUUUGAAAAUUUUUAUGGAAUUUGUUCAUGUUAUUGUGCCUUAUUUCUCAGUUACUGCACAGAAAUGAAGGCAAAUUAAUUAGUUGUAAAAUUUGUAUGUAAUUAAAGUCAGUGCAGGAGAAGAUAUAUAUUUUCAAAAAUGUAUAAUUUUUGUCAACAGUUUUGGUCUGCUAAUAUUUUGUUCUUUUUAAAACAAUUUUUGUGGAUUUUUAAUUGCUAUUGCACUUUAUCUAUCAUUAAUUCUCCUUCUUUGUUUUUAAAAGUUUCUCAGUCAUGGCCAUUUGGACUUGACAAUGUUGUAGAUGUGACUAUUAUUUCACAAAAAGAUUGUACUGAUAUAUUUUAUGUUUUAUUUCUAUAUACUGAGAGAGAGAAUUUGUGUCUUCAUUCGUAAUUUAAGUACAGAAAUGUCUGCUUUCGACAAGAAAGAUAACAUUCAUACAGACUGUUUGCUCAAGUUUUAAUUUAAUGUAGGUACAUGUUAAUUGCACUGAUUAAUAGAGAAAGUUUGUAAACAAGGAUGUAUACAUUUCUCACUGAAAAAAGCACAAUUUGAAAUUUAAGAUCAACAAGAUCUUGGGUGUACAUGAUAUUGCCUAUAGAAUAGACAUAUAUAAUUAUGUGAAGGUGGCAAUUCAAUGGAGCUGCUCUUUAACUAAACAAGCAAUGUGCCAAGCUAGAGAAUAAGGAAAAAAAUUGAGAGAUGGUAGUUUCAUUUCUGCUGCAAAUGCCAAAGGUAAUUGUCUGUCUAUUUUGGUUGUUAUUACUAUUAUCAUUAUUGUUAUUUCAGAGAUUUUAUUUUAUGUUACUAGUUGUUAGAGUAUCUUAAGAUAUGAUGUUAUUGUACUUGAAAUAGACAUUUUUGUAUCCUUAUAGUGAAUUAAACUUAUACAUGAAGAGACAAGUCUCUUUGUUAGUAACAGCACGUUUAUAAAUAUUUUGUAUGGACAUCCGUCCAUCUCAUACGGGGUGGGGGAUGGAGGGUUUAAGGUAAAUGAGAGGUAUAGCGCAAUGAUGGAAAAUCAGUUCUAGAAGUGUAUGAGAAUUCUGUAACGAAUGAAAACUCUGCAUUCCAGAUUCCAGUGUGACUGGAAGGGAGGGGGGUUAGAGUAGGCAAGUGCCUGCUCUUUGCUCUUUGCAGCCGCUUUGUAGAUGCCUAUGACUGUAUCCAUUUUCUGUGGAUUUUUGACAAGCAGCAUUUAACAAUUUUGCCUCUGCUUGAUGUGCUUUGUGUCCAUUUCAUUUACAAUAAUACUACAUAUAAGCUACAGUCUUUAUGUUGGUGUUUUUGUUCAUAAUAUUUAUUGUAAUGCACAAAAUUGUAUGCCUAUCUCUGUUCAAUCUUACUGCUGUUAUUUAAUCCUUCUAAAAGUGGCGAUAAUUUUUUUCCACUUUCUACUCAGGAAUUCAAAACUACAUUUCUUACUAAUGUUUUAUCAUUAUUGUUUAUUGUUAUACUGAACAACCCAUGUAAUAACUACCCUGAUGGAUUGCACAAAAAGGUUGUUUCCUUUUUGACAUUCUUGAAACAAAAGGAGGACUGAUAAUCUCUGCAUAAAUUAUCUCCUCCUCCAUCAAGAUUGUGCAGGAAAUUGUUCACUCUAGUAAAUUAUUUUAUAUGAACACAGUAUGAUUGCCUGUCAAUAUUGUUAUAGCUGAAAUUAAGUGCUCAUCUGGUAUGUGGAGACUUCUCAAUCCAUGAAUAGAUUUAUUAAGUGGAUGUGAUACUUGUACUUUAUGUACUCAUCACUUAGAUUAGAUUAGUUUUUCGUUCCAUAGAUCCGUGUUGAGGAGAUCCUUGUGGAUGUGGAGCAUGUCACAUUUUUUUUUCUUUUUUUAAGCUGAAAUAACAAUACUAAUUGUAUAAAUAUAUACAACACAUCAUUUGUUUCUAUUAAAAAAUUCGUCAGUUUAGUAGAAGGAGUUGGCCACUAGUAAGUCUUUCAGGCUCCUUUUAAACUGAUCUCUAUUUGUAACUAAAUUUUUUAUGUUUGCUGGCAAAUUAUUGAAGAUGAGUGUUCCUGAGUAGUGGACCCCUUUUUGAACUAAAGCAAGUGCUUUUAAGUCCUUGUGCAGAUCAUUUUUGUUCCUGGUAUUGUAUGUAUGAACUGAGCUGUUUGUUGGAAAAAGAAAUAUAUUAUUUAGGACAAAUUUCAUUAAGGAGUAAAUAUACUGAGAGGCAGUAGUUAGUAUACCCAGUUCUUUGAAGAGGUUUCUACAACACGUCCGUGAGUUUACUCCACAAAUAAUACGUAUUACAGGCUUUUCGACUCUGAAAACUUUUGUUUGGCGUGAAGAGUUACCCCAAAAUAUUAUACCAUAUGACAUUAUGGAAUGAAAGUAGGCAAAGUAUGCAAGCUUUUUCACUUUUAUGUCGCCUAUGUCUGCUAACACUCGGAUUGCAAAUACAGAUUUGUUAAGGCAUUUCUGCAGUUCUGUGGUGUGCUCCUCCCAACUGAAUUUAUUAUCAGUUUGUAAUCCCACCUCUUCUAUCUGCUCUUCUUCGUACUUUAUGCAUACUCUGUGCGGAAACCUCUUACAGGUUCUGAAUUGCAUAUAGUGAGUCUUUUCGAAGUUUAAUGUCAGUGAGUUGGCUUUAAACCAUUUAUUAAUAUCCAUGAAAAUAUCAUUAGCAGAUCUUUCUAGAACUACACUCGACAUACUAUUUAUUGCAAUACUUGUGUCAUCUGCAAACAAAGCGAACUCUGCUUCUGUCAGUGUAACUGAUGACAGAUCAUUAAUGUACACAAGAAAAAGCAAUGGCCCUAAGAUGGAUCCUUGUGGGACACCACAUGUAAUUUCUUCCCAUUCUGAUGAUGACUGAUGACUUAAUUCACUAGUCCCUUGCACCACUGACACCCUUUGUUUCCUGUUAGCGAGGUAUGACUUGAACCAUUUUGCAGCACUGCCCGUGACACCAUAGAAUUCUAAUUUAUUUAAAAGGAUGUUGUGGUUUACACUAUCGAAUGCCUUUGACAAAUCACAGAAAAUACCUGCUGCUUGUAAAUUGUUAUUUAAUGAAUUAAGUACAUUUUCACUGUAGGUGUACAUAGCCUUUUCAAUAUCAGAACAAAUCAGAAAUGCAAACUGUGUUCUUGAUAAUAUGUUAUUUGUGGUCAGAUGGUUGAGAAGCUGCCUGUAGAUUACUUUUUCUAAAAUUUUUGAGAAUGCUGGCAAAAGUGAAAUCGGUCUGUAGUUUGAUGGCAUCUCUUUAUCCCCUUUCUUGAAUAGAAGCUUAACAUCUGCAUAUUUCAGCCAGUCAGGAAAUGUCCCUGUUAUAAUUGACUGGUUACACAAGUAACUUAGAAUUGUACUAAACUCACAAGAACAUGCCUUAAUUUACUUUGUUGAUAUUUCAUCGUAACCACUAGAAUGCUUUGUUUUUAAAGAUUUUAUUAUGGAAGUUAUUUCUUUUGGUGAUGUGAGUGACAUAUUCAUGUACCUGAAGCUAUUUGUAAAGGCUAGUCUCUGAUAUUCAAGGGCAUUAUUUACUGAUCCUGACAAUCCCAUUCUAUCAGUAACGGAUAUAAAGUACUUGUUAAAUAGAUUUGCCACACUAUGCCCAUCGGUUAAUAAUGUGUCAUCUACCCUUAGUGCUAUUUGCUCCUGUUCCUUUCUGGUUCUACUAGUCUCCUCUUUCACUGUAUCCCAUAUUGUUUUUAUUUUGUUCCCUGACAGUGCUACCUUCUUCUCGUAGUGUAUUUGUUUAGAUGUCUGAAUUACUUUUUUUAAUGUUUUACAGUAUUCCUUGUAUUUAGCUAAAUCAUCAGCAUUGGAGCUAUUCUUGUUCGAUAGAUACAUUUUCCUUUUUGUCUUAGAGGAGAUCUUUAUUCCUUGUGUGAUCCAUGGUUUUAUUAUAGAUUUCUGUUUAAUUUGAGUAACUUUUAGAGGAAAACAGUUUUCAAACAUGGUACUGACGUUCAUGAAUGUGUUAUAUUUUUCAUUCAUGUCAUGAGCACUAUAAACAUCUUUCCAGUUCAUAUCUUUGAGCAGUUUUCUAAAACACUCAAUUUUUGGCCGAUUGAAUACUCUCCUGUACUCAGAUUUAGCAGUCUUGAUAAUCUGCUUAGAAUUUACAUCUAAAACAAGGAGCUGCAUGUCAUGAUCUGAUAGUCCAUUUAUUACAGGUUUUAUGAUAUGAUUUUGUUCCUUUGAUUUGUCUAUAAAAAUGUUAUCAAUGGCUGUCCUUGAGGAUUUAGUGAUCCUAGUUGGAAAGUUUACAGUGUGAGUUAGAUUGAAAGACAACAUUACUAACUGCAGUAAAUGUUUACUGGAAGAUUGAAUUAGAAAAUCUGUAUUAAAGUCACCAGCAACCAAAAUUUCUUUGUUUCUUACUGUUAAAUAACCCAAAAGAGCUUCUAGAUGACUUAUGAAUAGAUUAUAAUUUCCUUCAGGUGCUCGGUAAAUAGUUACUAUUAUAUAGGAUCUGUUAUGGAUCUCUACUUCUGUUGCACAUACUUCUAGAUGCUGCUCUAAACAGAAUUUAUUAAUGUCAAUGUUCUUGAAUUUAUGGCAGUUUUUAAUAAAUGUGGCAACUCCUCCUCCCUCCAUAUCUACUCUGCAGAAGUAGGAAGCUGUGUACUGUAAGGCUUACAAAGCACAGAUGUAGCAUAAAAAAACCAGUUGUAAAUAUCAACCGUUAACUGAAAACCAUGUACAUUCAUUCAGCAGUAGAGUGCUUGUUUUUAUAAGUUUAUCUUAAUUUUAUUUUUUUAUUUUCAGAUACUGUAAAGUACACUAUUUUAAUAUGACUGUCACUGUGUAAUUUCAUUAAUUUUAUAAGCCAGUGUGAUGAUUUUAUUUUGAGAGUUCUUAUUUAUGAACUCCAGUAACGGCAAAUUAAGUGGAGUCUAUACAGCUGUCUGCUGCCAACCAGAGACAAAGUGGUGAUUGUUGCAGCUGUACUUUCAGCUACAUUCCUUGUAUAUUCUACAGUUUACAAUUGCAUACAUAGCUUAUAGUGGUAGCCCUAUCUCUCUCUCUCUCUCUCUCUCUCUCUCUCUCUCUCUCUCUCUGUGUGUGUGUGUGUGUGUGUGUGUGUGUGUGUGUGUGUGUGUGUGUGUGUGUGUGUGUGUGUGUGUGUGUCCAGGGGAGCAUGGUGUUUCUAGAAUUUCUGUGAAGUUUUUCUGAGAAUACACAGAAUGGAUAUCUAUUAAAGAGAAAUUUGAUCUCAACUGUAAAUAUGUUGUUAUUGUUUGUGCUCUGUAAAAUCUCCAUUAAUAAAGAAGUUCAGUGAGAAAAAUAA